GGUUAAAGACAACCUCUCAUCAGCCGUCCUCAGUCACUGAAACAUUUCGCUUAAAGGAGAGACAUAGUUUCGACCCAUCUGCACCUUGUCCACUCGAAAUCUCAACGACGUUGCUCUUGGUUUGAAUCCGAGGGGGAGAAAGAAACGAUAGAGGGAAGAGCGAAUCCAAUCUCCACUGUCGCGGCGAUCCAACCAACUGCGCUUUGAUGCUCGCUAUGAUGAGGGGCGACACGCUCAUCCAACAACAUCCCCCCACUCCGCCGAAUGCUGGGGCAGAAUACCAGGCUGGACUGCACCAAGUUGCGCAAUACAACGCAGACCGCGGCUAUUCGUUCGGAGAGCCGGGAUACGGUUCCCCUGGGUCGGUGGCGCACGAAGUUAUCCCUUCGCAUGCGUCACAUGCCGACAGCCAUACUCGUGGGCUUGGACUAGGUAUACAAUAUGAUGGAUAUGGGCCUCCGGCGGAGUAUUACCAUAAUGUCCCGUACAGUGGCAUGCCGAACGACCAAGCCGUGUUCUCACCGCCAACUCCAAGAUCCGCAAACGGCGAUGAGCCCAGUCGAAGAAUUACCCGUAGUGGAAGAGCAGCAACCGCUCCCAACUCACCGAGAAGAAACGACGCAAGUCCACGACCAAAGAUGAUGCCGAAAUCUAGGAAACCGAAGAUGAACAAGGGCGACAAACAAAAAACACCGAAACUGACAGCGCCAUUGAGCAUCCUGACAAAGGAACUGCACCAUAUCCCGGUCAAGAACAUGGAGGAGUGGGUGAACAGACCGGCAGAUGUCCGAAGGCGGGAAGCAGAGAAGAGGAAUGGAUACAUCACUCGUCCCAUGAACUCCUUUAUGCUGUACCGGUCGGCCUUUGCAGAAAGAGCAAAGUCAUGGUGCUUGCAGAACAACCAUCAAGUCGUCUCGUCCGUCGCCGGUGAGAGCUGGCCCCUUGAACCACCAGAGAUCCGCGAACUGUACAAUGAGUAUGCGAAGAUUGAGAGAAUCAACCACCAGAAUGCGCAUCCGACAUACAAAUUCUCGCCAAGCAAGACGGCCGCGCCAGCUAGAAAGCGAAAAAGUGAGUGGUCGGACGAUGAAGAACCCAGCGAUUUGGACGAUGCCGAGUGGGCUCCAGGUGCGGGAAAGCCGCGCCCGCGGCAGGUGAGACGCAUCGACCGUUCGAUCAGUUACCCAGCAACCGGGGUUGGCGCAGAGUAUUUUGACGGAACAUUUGGACCAAACGCGAAUGGUGUCAACAGAUCCUCAUGGGAGAUGACGAACGAAGGGCGGCCGAUGCCGAUGCCGAUGCCCAUAGCGAUAGGCCAGACCGACCUCUACAAUCCCUAUUUUCAGUCUGCAGGCUAUCCAGUCAUGCAUCUGAGCCCGAGCUACACAGACGACGCGCACAUGGCGCUGCUGCAUACCCCAACGCCCUCGAGCCAUUUCCAAUCGAACCCAGCGAUGCUCGGCCUGCCCGGAGGAAACGCAGACGACAUCCUGCACCAGUGUCAUUCACACGUCGGUACACCCUUUGAUGAAGUGCAGGUGGAUCCGCUGCUCACAUUAUAUGGCGGGAAUCAUUCCGACAUCAAUCCUGCAGCUCUCCAGAAUACCAGCUUCCGGAAUGGGCACAUGGGCAUGCAAGAAGCAGCGCUGACCCAACACAACUUCGACAACCUGCUGGAUCUCUCGCAUGAUGACUAUCACGCAUGGCAGCCCGAUCCGACCAUGGCGUCCUUGGAGCAAGAGUCCGAGUUUGACAAGUGGGUGGGCGAGCAAUGACCUGUUAUGUGCCAAUCGAUGCAUGUUUGAGCGAUUGUGUUUUUCUUCUGCCGUGCAUGGCAUCAUUCAGCUGUUCACCUAGAUACCCAUUGGGAGAGCGCCUUAUGGACACCCGGGUGCGUUAUGGGUAGCAUUUGAGGCGUUUAUUUUUAUUGAUUAAAAGUUUCUGCGAUUGGAGCAUGUUAGAUAUGACUUUACCAUAUGUGUAGACCAAAUGAACCUGCAGAGGUCCGUGUCCG